AUGCGCUCCGCUGAGUGGCUCGUCGCAACGUGGCCCGCAAAAACCUUGCCUCCCGAUAGCCAUAAAUCCAACGCUUUCCCCAGCUUUCCCCAGCUUUCUGAACUUGCCAGGUGGACAAUCUGUGCAAUCGCGUCAUGGCGGACAGCCCUGAGACACCUCGUCGUUCAUCUCGCAACGUUGCGCAUCAUCGGUGUCCUCAUUGCGACAAGGCGUAUGAACGGCCUGACCAUCUUGCGCGACACUUGGAUUCUCGUGAGUACUCAACUCGGUAUUCGUGAGGUACUAGCUGCUGAAGUGGGUCGAGAUCGCAACGAGCGUGUAUAUCAGUGUCCGACAUGCCAGCGGGGUUUCAACCGACGAGAUGUUUUGCAGCGACAUCAGGCGGUCCACGAGCGAGACCUUACUGAAGGCAAAACAUCGCAACGGCGGGCGAAGGAGCGAGCUAUUCAUGCUUGCGAGGCUUGUGCAAACGCAAAGUUGAGUUGCGAUAAUGAGAGACCUUGCAAGCGGUGUCAGACAAAACAGAUCGAAUGCGUGGCGCGCGCACCCAGAGGCGCGCGUCGACACAGCGAGCGCAUUUCCUACCCAAUUUCCACUAGCAUGUCUUAUUCUCCACAGACCAGCGGACAAGGUCAAAUGGAUCCAUCUACUCUCCCACAGUUCACCGCAACACCGGAUUCCGGCCCUUCAGAUUUCAGCGUGCCACCCGCAUCUGUCUCCUACUCCGGUAGUGGUGAUAUUUAUGAUACGAGCAUGACAUCGCAGACAGAUCUAGCACUCGAUACAUUUAUCCCGCAGCACGAAAUGCAUUCAUAUUCUGGUCUCAACAAUUUUCCAGCGUUCUUUGAACAGGUCAUGUUACCCAGUAUUGGGGCGGAGGACUCUUUCCAAGAGACCCAACAGCCGAGGGCGUUUGACUUCAUGCAGGAUACCGACUUCACACUGGCGGAAUAUGAUAUAUUCGGUACCGACUUCAUCCCCGAUUUGGACCGCAUUUUGGAUACCACGGUUCCUUUUGUUGGUUUUGAGGACUCGCAGCAGUCUCUGCUCGAUGAUCAGGACUCGGCGCGUCUACGUGCAGCCGCGUUUCAACGGUCACUCUGGUUAUGGGUCCCAGAAAAGAACCAGCACGCGUUCAGUGAAGAAACGAGAAUACCCCUCCGAGACAGCGACAGCAUUCCUUCCAAGCACCAAGAUCGUUUGGAAACUCUCAAGAUCCCGGGGAAUCUAUCUCUUUUGGCACGCGAUGACAUUUUCAAGUUGGUCAUUCGCAUCGGUGGAUCGCGAGUAUCUGUGGCGGCGUUUCCCUCGGCGGAAUAUCUCGAUACCCUGAUCAAAGUUGGCAUUGGAAAGCGUACCGAGACAGAUGCAUGGAUUCAUCCUUAUACGUUCUAUGAUUCACAAUACCAACAAUUACGGCCGGAGCUUCUGACAGCGCUAGUCGCUGCGGGUUGUGUUUGCUGUGGGCUGCCCUCGAUCAGCAAGACGGGAAUUAUUCUCCAGGAAAUUAGCAGAGUUGGUCUAGCUGAGCUUGUCGAAGACGAUAAUAGUGUCCUGCGAGAUCUACAAUACCUUCAGGCUUCGAUGUUAUGGAUCGAUAUUGGGAUAUUCUGUGGCUAUACUCGCAAAAUGCAAAUUGCGGAGAGUUACCUCCAGCCACUUUGCACCGCCCUUCGACGAGCGUGUACAUUCGAUCACUCGACUUAUUCCACCAUCACACCAUUCUCUCUCGGCGACGACGAUGUAGCACUACAACGCGCCUGGCAUAGUUGGGUGCGACAGGAAUCUCUCAAACGCCUCGUCUAUCACCUCUUCGGCCACGAUGUAGAGGUAGCAACAGCAAUGAACCGACCGGCCCUCAUAUCCUACGCCGAACUCACUCUCCCAUUCCCCGCCGCACGAGAAUUAUGGCUCGCCCCGACUGCGUUCGCCUGGAGGGAAAUAUGGACCAGUCGAUACAGAAUAAUGACGAUUUCGGAACUAAAUCUGCGCGAACUACUCUCAGACCCGUCCCUCAUCGGUCAAAUUCCACCCGAACUCGAUGCCGACGUUGCCAGAACGGCUCUUCUACAUGGUUUUGCUAUUCAAACCUGGGAAUUCCGUCAGCAGAUGCUACUCUCGCAAGGCUCUCAAUCCGGCUCGAAGGCAACAACGCGUCUCUGGCUACAAAGCCGGCAGGAAGACUUAUAUACAACCCUUCACACAAUCCAAAACGACACUCCGAACCCACCAGCUGUAACAACCAUCCUCAACGAAUUUGUCAUGAUGUACCUCCAUAUCGACGUCGACGGCAUCCAACGAUUCGUCGGCAAGCUAGGCGAAACCGAUGCCCGACGCGCCUACCCAGCUCUACGAGACUGGAGCCAGACAAAAGAAGCCCGCACCGCAAUAUGGCACGCGGGUCAAGUUCUCCGUGCCGCGCGCAAUGUUACCGCGUACCAGUUUCGUGGAUUCGACUCGCUUUCGAUAUAUCACGCUGCACUGGUCUUGUGGGUGUAUGGGGUGUUGCAAUGUGGCGAGAGUCGGCGGUUGGAAAUUGGGACGCCGGUUAGCGAGGGAGGUCAGCAGGUUGCGCCAGCAAUUGCGUUGGAUGGGGAUGGGGACGGGAAUGGGGAGGAGAGUCAGUUGAUCAAGGGGUUUUUGGCGAGAGGGGUUGGUAGACCUGGGCUCACGAUGUUUCAUCCACGAGGUGCGAAUGAUGCUGAUGUUAAGGUCUUUUGCGAGUUGAAUAAACCGCGAUCGGUAAUGGCGGUUGCAAGGCAGGUGUUUGAGGGUAAUUGUCCGCUGCCUCUUCCUGAUGACAUCCUCCCACCGAUGAUUCAGAACCUUUGCGCGCUUAUUGAGGAUUUGGGGAAUCUCCCUUGA